AUGGAGCCCCGAUUUGUGUUAAUGACCGAAGAGGAACUAGAACAGCUUUUGGACGAUAAGGAUUCUAAAUCUACAAAAAAUGUGUUAAAACAAGCGUUGGAAACAUUCAACUGCUACUGUAGGGCAAAGUCUCUUGACUUCGAAAAAGUGGAGAAGGAAUACUCCGAGCAAGAGUUAUGCGAUUGUCUUCGAGCAUUCUACGCAGAGGUGCGGCGAGGAAAUGGCGAACUUUACGCCAAGAGAUCCAUGAUCACAAUACGCUAUGGCCUCCAGAAACACUUUCUAAAAACAAAGUCAAUGGACAUCGUAAAUAGUGGUGCAUUUAGGCGUGCGAAUGACAUGUUUGCUGCAGUCCUUCAUAAGCUGAAAGCUGAGGGAAAGGGUGCAAUAACACACAAGGAACCUAUAAGCAAGGAAGACUUUGGCAAAAUUUUGUCUUCUCCAGCGUUGGACCGUUCUACUCCUAAAGGUCUCCAGAACGCUGUAUUCAUAAACUUAAUGUUACAUCUGUGUAACAGAGGCAGAGAAAAUGUUAAAGAUCUAAAGGUAGAUGAUUUUGACAUUGCUACAGAUUCCAGUGACAGGAGGUACGUUUAUCUUGCAAAGGACAAGUUGACUAAAAAUCACAGAGGAGACAAUAACGAUGACACAAGGAGCCAGUGUGGUCGCAUGUAUGAGACAAAGGAUGUAAAUUGCCCUGUGAAGUCGUUUUGCGAUUACAUUUCACAUUUGAACCCUGGCUUUCCCUUUUUUUGGCAACGGCCAAAAUCAAUAGCUCCUGAAGAUGUCGUCAAUGCUGGAGACGGGUCACAACAACAAAGUGUGCCGUGGUAUGAUCAUCAGGUUGUUGGCAAAAACACUUUGGGAUCCAAAUUGAAGACCAUUAGCAUUGCAGCUAACACGUCUAGAAUCUACACGAACCACUGCCUUCGAGCUACAACUAUCACUACAUUAGAUGAGCACAGUUUUGAAGCAAGGCAUAUCAUGAGCGUUUCUGGACAUAAAAGUGAGAACAGUCUUAAACAUUACUCGCGAGUUGCAGAGGGACACAAAAGGCAAAUGAGCUUGUGCUUGUCAGAGAAAUGCCACCAAGUCACAGAUUCUGGAGCUAAAGUAAGGGUUGCUAGUCCAGGACCUAGUUCUAGAUUUAGUCCUGGACCUAGUUCGACACCAACAGGACCACCAUGUACAAUAAGUAGGCCACCAUUGAGCCCUGUUCUAUCUCAUACGCCUGACGUUUCAGCUCAGCCUCAGCCUCAACGUCAACUCGUAGGAGUAGGACUAGGACUAGGAGUUGGACCAGAGUCAGAGACUAGCGGUGAGCUCGAAGUCCAGAACCCCCAACAAGUCACACUCACAGGACCAAAUUCACAGUCUUCGCCUCAAAGUCAAACCAUGAACUUUGUGUCAAACAAACUUGAUUUUGACCAGAAAAAGGUUGUGCAGUAUCACUUUCAUCAGUGUACUGUGAAGAUCAUUAACAAGUAG